AUGGCGUCUCACAAGGACAAGAAUCUACUGGAGAGUGAGCCACCACUGGUGAUUGAUAACAGCUCGGAGGAAGGGCGACGUCUUGGGUAUUGUCUCAGAGAAAACCCCAAGAAAUCGUGGAAAUUCUUGGAGCUGAAGGAAGACGCCCCAGAAAAUCCGUGCCUGGUCUGCGACAAGCGGUUCAGGUCGAUGAGGGCACUGUUGUGCCACAUGAAGAUUCACCCGGGGAAGGACGACGAGAGCGGUGACCGCGGCAAAGGUUCCAGGUCAAGGAAAUCUUGCCAGGAUCACACGAGGUCGAUUCUCGGCAGAAAGAGAUUGAAUUCGAGUCUCUUGAAUGAAGAUCGCUUUGUGGGCUCCAGCAAGACCGAGAGUGGUCUCCUGGUCGCCAUUUUAUCCGACGACGAGGCAAUGCGCAUUACCAGGAGGAAGAGAACGCCGCGAGUCGAGAUUGAUGUCGAUGCAAGGACCGAGGGAGUUCCGUUUCCCGUACCAAAUGGGUCUUCGGACAGUAACGAGGCAGAACAAGACCUGGGAAGCGCAGCAGCAGUUACUUUGAUCAUGAUGUGCCGAGGUGAGACGGACUCCAACUCUCUGGGUUUGGGCGUCGAGACUUUGGGGAAGAGCUCGGCCCCAGGUUUCUAUGACGUGGGGAAAGGGAAAAUAACUGAAGCAUCCGAGUGCAAUGAAAGCCAUUCAAGAGGCCAUUCGAGAGUGGAGCGGAAAGGGGCAGAAUUGGAGGUUUCCGCCACCAUGCUUUGCGGUGCCAGGGAAGUUGAGCGCAAGAAGCCUGAAGCAGCCAGAUCAGGUAAAGAGCCGAUGUAUGAGGUGGCCAUGAUGGAUUGUGACGCAAUGGGAACUGCAGGUUCUCAUUCGAGAGAAAGGGCAGAACUAUGGAUCGAGCCGGGGAUAAAUUCACACAGAGGCAAGGUCUGUGUGGAGGAAUGCCAAGUUUUCCGUGAAUCAGGUGAGAAAAACGAGUAUAAAAGCAGGGACGCUGAGAGCUACAAACAGGAGUCUCCGGUCGGUGCUUCUCAGGGGAUUGAAGGGAGCCGUGUCUGCGCCGAACUCGCGAGCAUCAAGGACGACUCAGAGAAGGUGAGCAGCCAAGGCAUGUAUGCUUGA